AUGGAGGUGAUAGAUUGGGCCACAUUUUUGCCUCUAAAAUCCCAAAACUGGAAUCAAAACCCUAAAGAAAUCAGUAAACAAAUUGAAGCGUUAAACCAAGUUCUUCUCUACAUAUCAAAUGAAAGAAACAUCCAACCUCUGCUACCUGCAAUUUUGGAAAAUUGCUUUAAUUCUGGGGCACAGAGAAAUAUUCGACAGAUAACUUAUACCGAUUUAUCAUGAAUAGCCUGCCAAUGGUCAGUUUUUGGUUAAUGAUUUCAAUUGACUUGCCAAAUUAUUUUGUUAAGCCAAAUCUGACUACUUUUUUAUCAAUAAAACGUUUGGCAUGCCAAAAAUAAUUUGGCAAGUCAGUUGACAUCUAACUAACAAAAAAUCCUCCUUUGCAGGCUAUUCAUGGCUAAUCGGUUUAUUUAAUUGUCAAAUCCGCUGCCACUCUCUAUGAGCUUCCAUGAGAUAGCUUAUACGGCCCAAUAUCAACUGAUAUAGGAACAUCAUCAGAUCCUGAGUUUCAAGUUUAUGCAAUGCGGAUGCUAUAUUUGCUCCCUAUAGAGCAAACUCUGGAGCUUCUCUUAUCUCAAGAACAAGCUAUAUUAAGUGCCAUGAGAGGCGAAAGUGGUAAAAACGUUCAAUAUGCAUUUUUGGAUGCGUUACCUGGAAUUUUGGUUAGAUUAUGAUGUGGAUUAGGAGCUGAAAAUCUGAAAACCCAAGAUUUGAUUAGAGAAAUGUUUAAGUAUUUGGUAAACCUGGUUAUGAGUGCUGAUGAUAAUCUCUGCAUAUAUGGAUUAUCAGCGUUAAGAGUUCUUUUUGAAGAGAGCGAAAUAGGAAGAAUUAGAGGAUUAUCACAAGAGUUAGAAGCAAACGGUAGUGAUGAGGAGCUGUUAAUGCCUUAAACUUAAAAUUAACUAAGAUCAUAAGAGAGGCUCCUUGUAAGACUUAAAAAUCGGUCCAUAUUCAUCUCAUAACACCCCGCCACUUGCUUAUCAAUCCGAUAACAGCCUCUCAUUGAUUCACUCCUCACGGAUGAGGAUUUGCACUCGCUACCCGUGAGUCAGAGAGUGGGUUUCCAAGUCGCACGUAAAUGGGUUCAGCUCGAAAAGUCGUAUUUUCUGGUCAUCUGUCGGAUAAAAUGAAUCUCAAACUCUAGAACGCAAUGCCUGUACCGAGAAGGGGAAAGUUCCCGAUUGAUCAGUAGGAACCUCACUGGUGCUGCUGGCUUUCCCUUACCAACUUCCAUUGAGGUAAAACUUUGGCCUGGAUGUGAGUUGCGGUCAGCUCAAUCCGACAUUGUGCUCUACUAAACCAAGUAAAACCUGGCCAGAUACAAAUUACAGACACCAUACUCCCUUCCGAAAGGUUUCUGGGCUAUCUCAGCUUCAGUCAUUAAGAUGGUGAAUUGUUUAGCCACUUUAUUUUAAUGUAUCUGGAGCUGCUAAUGCCCCUUAUAAAGUAUAUAUGUGAACCCUUAUAUCCGAACAUUGAGCAAAUACUCUCAAGGAUGAAUGCAUUAGACCCAAGAUAUAGAUUUCAUACUCUAUAUCCAGCAGCCAAACUAGUAACACUUAGGCCUGAAAGCGAACAGAUUCUGACAAAAUUUGAAACGGAGAGUCUUCUACCAAUGCUUCACCAUCUCGAAAAAGGGGUGGUUUGGGGAGCUGCAAGGUGUCUAAUGCUUAUUCCCUCUCAUUCAUCUACUAUUUGGAUUAUGUGCAAUAAACUUUUAGCUUUAUCUCUAUAUGAUAAAACUCCUGCAUCAUCUCUUUUACUGGUCAGUGGCGGAUUAUCUCGCCUGCCAAUUUCUCAGCAGCUUUCAAUUUCUUUAAAAACUCUUGAAUUUUCAUGCAGAAUUUCAGCAAAAGUUGAUAGAUUAUCUGUGGUCCUUACUUGUUUGACUUCACUGGUAACUUUAUCGUUGCAGCUUCUAGAGUCCAAACAAAAUUCAGCAAUUUAUCAAUUAUUUUCACAGCCUUGGUUUGUAGAAAUAUGAAGCCAGCCAUCUACUUCGAAUUUCAGAGAAGAGUUAUUAGCUUGUCUAGUAGAAACUUGUUUACUGCAUAGAAAUUCAAAUGAUUCAUGUGUGACCACAACAAUAAAUGGUGUCGUCGAAUAAGCUCUCUCAGAUAGCUUUUCUACCAUCCAUUUAUUAUAGGGUCUAGUUUUUCCAGAGAAUCUUUAUCGUGCUGAAUCAAAUAAAUAACUGUAGGGUGCUAAUAGCCCUGAGACUGAUGCAUAGUGCUUACAAGACAUAUGGCUUAACUACUUGGCAAGUUCGAGGAGGAUGGCCCUUAGGUGAAGCACACAAUGAAGCCGAGUUAAGGGUGAAGUCAAGCGACCAAUGAAGGCUGCCAGGCCUUUUUGGUUUAGAUUAUAAUUAGAAGAUAGCUACUGACAUCAAGAAUUAUGGGUUACAAGGAAAUUUGCUAUUGCUAAUUGCUGAAGGAUAGUAUCACUUUAAUCAUCUAAAUUAACUCAUUUGAUUCAUGAAUGAUCAUUGCUUUUGAAGUGAGUGAUAUUUGCUUUAGGGUUAUUGAUUGGGUGUGCGGAGAAGGAAAUGAGGAAAGGACUUUUGCCCCGGCUUAUAAUUUUAUGCUGCUUGAAGAAAUUGGAAGAGCUUCUAAAGACAAACCAGAGUUUGCUGGAAGGCUUCAAAUGAGCUUGGAGCUUCUGAUGAGAAGGUUUGAACAAACUGAGACUAAUAUUCCAAGCAGAUUUUCUCGAAAUUUGGCAUUACUUAUGCUUGCAAAAUUCUGGACUCCUUCUUCAGAAGAAGAUCUAGCUUUCCCUUCAUUGAAAUUUUAAUUUUUGAUUUUAUUAAUUUAAAAAAUUGUUUAUUUAUAUAAAGAAGAUAAGAAGAAUUUUAUCGAUAGUUAGACUAGAAUUGUUCAGCAGCGAAAUGCUUGGGUUUAUCAGCGCUUCAAUGACUGUGACGACAGCUCAAAGUUUAGAAUUUCUCUUGACUUCUUGUCUGCAUUUUUAUUUAAGAUACUCUGGGAGAAUUGGAGAUGACAUUAUAAGAAUUUUAACCCAGUUUAGCGAGGUCGUUGAAAAUUCAGCCACAAAUAACCCUAUUUUAGAUCUUGCCCAAAAGGUUUCAGGGAUUCUUGGAAGAUACCAAUCAGGAGAGGUUUUCGAAGUCGAUGAGUUUUCAAUUCUUAUGGAGCGAAAAAUCAAUUCUAACAUAAAAUACACAGAAUCAAGUUUUCACGAUUAUUUACAUGCUGCUCUUAACAUCUUCAACAAAUCAGAAAGAAGACAUGAAACUUUAAACAGCGACAAACCGAUGGAACUGCUAAGAAUAACAGCAAUUCCUAAAGAAAUGAACUGAAGAUGCCUCUCUAUGAAUGAAAUUUCUGGACUGGCAGAUCCAGUUAGAGUCAAAUGCACUCAUGUCAUUUAUCCUCCCUACUCGCUUGUUGUGUUUUGUUUUAGGUUCUUCAAUAUGACAAAGUUUGAAAUUAAAAACAUAAAAGUUCAAUCUUUGCUAUCUCAAAACUUAAGAUUUGCACUAAAACAGAGAACUAGCUCUAUUAUCCCAUCAAUUUCUACCUUAGGAUCUUAUGAGUGAAAAGUCCGAGCAAUCAUUGAAAAUUCAGGAGAAAUUUCUAUACUUAUUACCAAGAAUAGCCCACUAAGGAACAGGUUUUGGUUGGCCGAGCAAUAGCUGUCUUACCAAAUUCAUUGGCAUGCCAUAUUUUCUGGUUAACCAAAUAAGAAUGGCGCACCAAAAAAUGCUCCUUAAUGGGCUAUUCUUGGCAAGCUGGUAUAUCAGCUUACUUCUGUCAAUUGAAGACAGCACUGUUCCUUUAGAUCAAGGAGUCCAGUACUCAUCUCAAGCAUAUAUUGUCCCUUUUUCUGAUUUUCUGCUCAAAGACAUUUCCUCAUUUGGGUCAAUUACACAGUUUUUGAGUUUGUGGACUCGGCUGAAUUAUUCCCACAUGGUGCAAUGCGAACUGACAAAAAGCAUUGAGGAGCUAUGUGAAGCACUUUCCAAGCACAUGGAAAAAGCCGUAAAAACAAUUGAUUCUGAUGGAUUCAGGCUUGGCUUUCAAGCAGCCACUCUUCAAGGUGAUAGAAUCGCUAUUGUUUUAACAGGAACAAAAAUAUCGAAAACUGUUAGAAGCGAAGUGAGAACUUCUAGCAUAGAGUCACAUAAUAUCUUAGGUCAGUAUUUAGAAACAUUUUUGUAUGAUAUCAGCUCAAGCAUUCUUCGUGUUUUAGUGUAA